AGUCUCUUCAACCUUUAAACCCAGUCCAAGAGAGAGAGGAUAGACUCAUCUAUCCUGCGCAUCUCUCUCUCUCUCUCUCUGCUUAUCCUACGCACCACCGCCACAAUGGGGAAAGGCCGCGCACUAAGCGACGGAGUGAUAAAGAAGAUCCUCCUCUCCUACACGUACGUCGCAAUCUGGAUCUUCCUCAGCUUCACCGUCAUCGUCUACAACAAAUACAUCCUCGACAAGAAGCUCUACAACUGGCCUUACCCCAUCACGCUCACCAUGAUCCACAUGGCCUUCUGCUCCUCCUUGGCCAUCGUCCUCAUCAAAGUCUUCAAGAUCGUCGAGCCGGUCUCGAUGUCCCGCGAGACUUACCUCAGAUCCGUCGUUCCCAUCGGGGCCUUGUACUCGCUCUCCCUCUGGCUCUCGAACUCCGCCUACAUCUACCUCUCCGUCUCCUUCAUCCAGAUGCUCAAGGCCCUCAUGCCCGUCGCCGUUUACUCCAUCGGGGUCUUGCUGAAGAAGGAGGCGUUCAAGUCACGCACCAUGACCAACAUGCUCUCGAUCUCCUUCGGCGUCGCGAUCGCUGCUUACGGGGAAGCCAAGUUCGACGUCUGGGGCGUUGUUCUCCAGCUUGGUGCCGUCGCCUUCGAGGCCACGAGGUUGGUUUUGAUUCAGAUCUUGCUUACUUCUAAAGGAAUCAAUCUAAACCCGAUAACGUCUCUUUACUACGUCGCUCCUUGCUGUUUCGUUUUCCUGUCGGUUCCUUGGAUCUUUGUGGAGUUUCCGGUUCUUAGAGAGACUUCGAGUUUCCAUUUCGAUUUCGUUAUCUUCGGGACCAAUUCCGUUUGCGCGUUCGCGUUGAACCUUGCUGUGUUUCUCCUUGUUGGGAAGACCUCUGCUUUGACUAUGAAUGUGGCUGGUGUGGUUAAGGACUGGCUCUUGAUCGCUUUCUCGUGGUCGGUGAUUAAGGAUACGGUCACGCCGUUGAAUCUUUUCGGGUACGGGCUUGCGUUUCUGGGUGUUGGGUAUUACAAUCAUUGCAAGUUGCAGGCGUUGAAGGCGAAAGAUGCGCAGAAGAAGGUUCAGGCUGGGGAUGAAGAGGCUGGGAAGCUUUUGGAAGAGAGGGAGAGUGAAGUUGCUGGAAAACGUACCGAGAGUCAAGAUUGAGAUUCAAGAAAUGCUGCAGUUUCAGGGGAAUAAGGGUUUAAAGGAUGAUUUUGGAAGAGUCUUCAUUAGAUAUGAUCACUGUCGUCAUCCACGUUUAAGUUUAUGGCUAAUUAUAUUUUUACAUAGUGAUUUGAAACUUCAUUGCAUCUUCUUUUUGAGUUUGUCUGUGUUUUCUUUUACAUUCGAAAUCCUUAUCUAUAUGAUGAGUAAACUAUUGUUGUUGUAGUAGUAACUUCUUUUAUAUUUUGCUCAUUGAGUUUUUUUUUACAAUC